UGCUCUCCGCCUGUAGAGAGCGGCAGCUCUCCGCGAUCGCUGGUUCGGGGCUACGCCCACCGAGCUCGCUGAUCCUGGGGCAGGCAGGCAGAGUGUAAAAUGGCGCACAGCUGUCGGUGGCGGUUCCCUGCUCGGCCCGGAGGGAGCAGCAGCUCGGGCGCGGGGAGGAAAGCGGGCCGGGUCCGGGUCACCGCUUCUCUCCGGAAUGGCUCGGGGAAUCAUCCGACGGCGAGCGGGCUCGGCCCGGGCUUCGACGCCGCGCUGCAAGUGUCCGCCGCGAUCGGCAGCAACCUGCAGAAAUUUCGGGAUGUUUUGGGGGAGUCGAGCGGCUCCAGCAGCGGGGAGGAGGAAGAAGCAUUUGGAGGCUUCAGUGCGCAGAGUGAAAACGGAAGAAUACAGAGUCCAGGGACCUCACCAGUUACUCCAACGCCGGAAAAGAAACCCAGAGGCCGUCCCCCAAGAGCAACCUUACCGAAGUCGGCUGCUGCAUCCGAACCCAAACCUCUGUCUAUCAUCACAGUUCCUAACACAGAAAAGGUAAAACGGCCACCAGGUAGACCGCCUGGCUCUGGUGAAAAAAGAAGAGGCCGUCCCCCUGCGUCGGCCGCCCAGAAAUGGAUGCAAGGUGGCCAUGUGUUACCUAACGACAGUAGGGAUGCUGAGCUUGAACACAGCUCAAGUGGCGCAAUUCGCAAGGACGCGGUGGAGGAUGAGCGGGAAAAGAAGGCCACAAAGCGAACUCCCCUCGGGUCCGUGCAGCAGCAGGGACCUGAGGCCAAGCUGCCCAAAGUGGGCCGCGAUUCCAAGGUGACCAAACUGAAGCGACUUCGGGAUGUAAAGCUGAGCCCCCUUAAAUCCGGCCUCUUAAAGGGUGUCCCAGUCCCUGUUGUGCCAAGGCGGAGGCGUGGUAGACCUCCUUCUGCCGAGCGCCUAAAAGCCGAGGCUGCCGCUGCUGCUGCCCAGGUUUCUACCUCCACAGUCCCAGAGUUGUCUGCGGCAGAGCCUGGCACUGCCAAACAAAAGGCCUUCAGGGUUCGCCCAGAUCGAGAUUCGGACCCCCGCACUCCACAGCAUCUCAAGCUCAGGGCCUCUCAUCCUGCUGAUGAACGCACUAGCUCAGAUCCCAACGAUUCCUUAUCGACAGAUCCAGCGACACCUACGAAACACGGAAGGCCUAUAGGUUUACGGCAAAGCCCUCGCCAUAUCAAACCUGUGCGCAUUGUGCCACCUACCAAACGCACUGAUGCCACAAUCGCAAAGCAGUUACUGCAGCGGGCUAAGAAAGGGGCACAGAAGAAGAAAUUGUUAGAGAAGGAGACCCAGGUGGGUACCCAGGGAACAACUGGCAUGGAGGCGGGAAUUAUGAGGAGGAGAAGAACACAGCUGAAGAACAUUCGCCAAUUCAUCAUGCCUGUAGUGAGUACAGUCUCCCUGCGCAUCAUUAAGACCCCAAAGCGUUUCAUUGAGGACGAAGCCAGCUUUGGCACUCCACCCCCACACAUGAAAAUUCCACGAUUGGAGUCCACGCCAGCUCCACCACCCCAGACCUCAGCAGCAGCAGCAUCAUCGUCGUCUCCAUCUCCUACUCUUGUUUCCACAGCUCCAUCAACAACAGCAACAACUGGAAAUGCAUCUAUCCCUGGGGCAGGAACUGCUGUCGACACCCUCCCUCCUCCACCGCCCCCUGCCCCAACUGUGAGCUCCACUGUUGUUGCAGCUGCGAAUCUCCUCAACAACAGUACCUGCAACAACAGCAACGGCCGUUUCAGUAGCAGUGCUGCGUCCUGUGGCUCUAGUGCCGUGUCCCAACAUUCCUCCCAGCUGUCCUCUGGAGAAUCUUCCCGCUCCAGCAGCCCCAGUCUGGAUGACUCCUCCUGCGACUCCCAGGUCUCAGACGGUACCCAAGCUCUCUCGGAGGAGCCUGACCAUUCCCCUUCCUCUCAGGGUGAGAGGGAGGAGGCUAGUAUGCACCAUGCGCCGCAUCCCUUGUCUCCUCCGUCGGAGCCCGAGACGGAGCACAUGGUGUUAAUGGAGCCAGCCCGACGAGGACGCAGAGGUCACGGGCUCAGGAGCGGAAACCUUGUGUCACGUGGGCGAGGAAAUCUGAUAAGCGAUAGAAAGAAGGCCAUCAUCAGCCCUGCCACAGGUGUACUGAUGUCCACCUCUCAAGCAGGAUCACAACAGGCUUCUUCUACAGCCUCUUCUUCCUCCUCUCCACCACCACCUCCUCUCCUGACUCCUCCUCAGCCUCCUCAGUCAGCCUCAUCCAAUGCACCUGCCAUCAGUGAACAUCAUCCCCACUCUGCUUGGAUCAUGCCCCAUCCUAUUGCCCCCUUCCUAACUUCUCCUCCGAUACUUGCUGGUUCCCACGACAAACGGCGCGCCAUACUCCGGGAGCCCACAUUCCGCUGGACGUCCGUGUCACGCUCAGAGCAAUACUUCUCCUCUGCAAAGUAUGCAAAGGAGGGCCUUAUUCGCAAGCCCAUCUUCGAUAACUUCCGCCCUCCGCCGCUCACAGCUGAAGACGUAGGGUUGAUGCCUCCUGGCCCUGGUGGAGGUGGUGUGGCACAAGGAAGUUUCCCUACGUCGGGUGGGGCAGCUGGGUCAGGCACCAGGCUGUUUUCACCUCUGCAUCACCACCACCAGCAUCCCUCGUCUCGUUUUGAGCCGCCACUCCAGAAACGCAGUCCGCUGCUACGUGCUCCUCGCUUCACUCCCAGUGCUGCCCACUCCCGGAUCUUCGAAUCGGUCACUCUACCAUCUUCCUCUGGGAGCAGUCCUGGCUCUCUCUCUCCUCUUCAGGCCACGUCACCAUCCAACAGGACGCUACGACGCAGGAAGAGGAGGCCGUUUGGGCUUUCACGUGGACAACCCAGGUCACCGUCGCACUCCAUGACCACAAGGAGCAGUCAGUCAGGAUCUCAAUCUGGAAAAGGCUCCUCUGAACUCUCCACACUAACCAGUUCUGUACCCACAAGUGUAACUGGCAGCUCUAGCCCUUUACCUGGGGUUGCAGUUAGUCCCAUUGCUCCAAGUGCCUUAACUCAGACCCCCUUCAACACCUUUCCUCCAGGCUCCCUUGGCCCAAUCAGUCACGGAGCCUCUGAUGGCCGAAGAGCAGCCGGGUGCCUCGGUGUUGGUGGGAGUUCAGCCUCUUCCUCUUCACAGCUCUUCCCUCGUUUCGCUUCCAGUCCCCAAAGUCCAAGCGGGAGCGCUGGUAAAGCAGGGAGAGAGCGGAGUGUCUCCACUUCACGAGACACCUUCCCCAAGGAGAAAGAGAGAGAGACGGAGAAAAGCAGAGAGCGAGAAAAGGAGAAUAAAAGAGAGGGGAAGAAAGACUGGGAAAGAAAAGGGAAGAAUCUCGCUUCCGAGGGUCCAACCAAUUCCACUGCAAGCCUUUUUGCCGUGGACGGCAAAGAAGUUGAAGAAUCUUUCACGCAGAAAAGGACUACCGGGCAAAAGAAAUCCGUGUCUGUUGAGGCAGAGGCUUCAGUCGUUGAGGCUAGUGCGGUACAGUCAGUAAGGGCUUUGUUGUCGAAGGGACGUCUGUCCAAAAAAGGCAGAUCAUCGGAGAAAGGUGUGGAACCUGAGGGAAUAGAGAAGGACAAGGACAAAGACAAAGAGAGAUCAAGUGUGCCCGUUCAGCUAGGGCAGUCUGGAAAACCCCCCAGCACAACAUCGCUAGGUACCGUGCUGGCUCAUGCUGAAAAACAGCCGGUCACAGAUAGGCGUGUGGCAGGUCUGCUGAAAAAGGCGAAAGCCCAGCUUUACAAGAUAGAGAAGAGCAAAUCGAUGAAAACAGCCGAUCAGCCUAAAGUGCAGGGUCAGGAGAGUGAUUCUUCUGAGACUUCAGUUCGUGGUCCACGAAUCAAGCACGUGUGCCGUCGUGCAGCAGUAGCAUUGGGUCGCAACCGUGCUGUGUUUCCAGAUGACAUGCCCACCCUUAGUGCCUUGCCAUGGGAGGAGAGAGAAAAGAUCCUGUCUUCCAUGGGUAAUGAUGACAAAUCUUCAGUGGCAGGGUCAGAAGAAGCGGAGCCAUCCACCCCUCCCAUUAAGCCAGUAACGAGGCACAAAACAGUCCAGGAAGCCCCGCCCAGAAAGGGGCGGCGCUCACGACGCUGUGGGCAGUGUCCUGGUUGCCAGGUCCCAGAGGACUGUGGCGUUUGCACCAACUGUCUGGAUAAGCCCAAGUUCGGGGGACGCAACAUUAAAAAGCAAUGCUGCAAGGUACGAAAAUGUCAGAACUUGCAGUGGAUGCCGUCAAAGCUGUUUCUUCAGAAGCAAGCAAAAAGUAAAAAAGAUAAGAAGAAAAACAAACUCCCCGAAAAAAAGGAUGCACAUCCCGUCAAAUCUCAGACAUCCUGUCCUGAGUUGAGCCCCAAACCAGCCCCGCCUCCCUCAAAGGAAGACCCACCUGCGAAGAAAACCGAAACUCCGCCCCCUGCGCAGGUAGAAGAAAAGCAGAAGCAGCAGCGUCCUCCAUCACCUCCACCGCCCAGCUCUUCCCCGGCUGAUCCCCCGUCGCUCCCCAGCCCAGAGGACCAGAGGCAGCCCUUAUCCUCGCUCAGCUCUGGAUCCAGGAGGGAGCGAAAGCAGGUCCAGCAGCCCCAGCCCAGCUCUUCAUCCUGCUCUCCUCACACCACCCCAUCCUCCCCAGCAGCGCUAUCCCAGCAUCCCCUGCAGCAGCAGAGCCAAGCGCCCGCAAAAAAGGAAGGACCCGCAAAGUCGUCCUCUAGUGAGCCCAAAAAGAAGCAGCCCCAGCAGCACAGCCAGUCUUCAUCUGUCGCACACCACUCAGUGCCAGAAACAAAGCAAAUGAAAAAGCAGACAGCUCGUUGUGCUCCACUAUCAAAGCCAAAAUUAAAGGAAAAGGAGAAACAGAUGGCCACCAAACCCGACCGCAAUACUUUAAACUUCCUGAGCACUCCCUCGACUGGGGGCACCGCCCAGCAGAAAGCACCCUGCGACGGAGUGCAUCGGAUCAGAGUGGAUUUUAAGGAGAAUUACGACAUCGAGAAGGUGUGGGAGAUGGGUGGCCUCAGCAUCCUCACCUCUGUGCCAAUCACCCCGCGGGUGGUCUGCUUUCUCUGUGCCAGCAGUGGCAAUGUGGAGUUUGUCUUCUGCCAGGUUUGCUGUGAGCCCUUCCAUCUCUUUUGCUUGGGAGAGACGGAACGUCCCCACAACGAAGAAUGGGAGAACUGGUGUUGCCGCCGCUGUCGCUUCUGCCAUGUUUGUGGCCGCCAGCACCAAAAAACUAAACAGUUGCUGGAGUGUGACAAGUGCCGAAACAGCUUUCACCCUGAGUGCCUGGGACCCAACCAUCCUUCUAGACCCACCAAGAAGAGAAUCUGGAUUUGCACUAAGUGCGUACGCUGUAAGAGUUGUGGGGCCACCAAGCCAGGAAAAGCCUGGGAUGCGCAGUGGUCACAUGACUUCUCCUUAUGUCAUGACUGUGCCAAACUCUUCGCUAAAGGAAACUUCUGCCCUCUGUGUGAUAAGUGCUAUGAUGACGACGAUUAUGAGAGCAAGAUGAUGCAGUGUGGGAAGUGUGAUCGCUGGGUCCAUGCCAAAUGUGAAAAUCUAACGGACGAGAUGUACGAGCUUUUGUCUAAUCUCCCUGAAAGCGUGGCGUACACCUGCAUCAACUGCACUGAGAGUCACCCGCCCGAGUGGCGCACUGCCCUGGAGAAAGAGACCCAGAGCUCUGUACGACAAGUUCUUACUGCACUGCUCAACUCCCGUACCUCCACCCACCUGCUCCGAUACAGACAGGCAGUGAUGAAGCCUCCAGAGCUGAAUCCAGAGACAGAGGAGAGUCUCCCCUCCCGGCGCUCUCCUGAAGGACCCGACCCCCCUGUCCUCACGGAGGUCUCCCUGCCCGCGGACACGCCCCUCGACCUGGAGUCUGUGGAGAAGAAGAUGGAUUUAGGGCUCUAUAAAUCUGUGCUGGAGUUCAGUGACGACAUCGUAAAAAUCAUCCAGACAGCCAUCAAUACAGAGGGGGGGCUUCCCGAGGGCAGGAAGGCCAACAGCAUGGUCCGAGCUUUCUUUAUCCGGCAAAUGGAAAGGGUUUUUCCGUGGCUGAAGGUGAGGGAGUCCAAAUUCUGGGAGACGCAGAAAUUCGCUUCCAACAGUGGUUUACUUCCUAAUGCUGUACUGCCCCCGUCUCUGGAUCAUAACUACGCUCAGUGGCAGGAGAGGGAGGAGAACGCCCGAGCUGAGCAGCCUCUGCUUAUGAAGAUCAUUCCUGCUCCUCGUCCUAAAGCCCCCGGUGAACCGGACUCCCCGAUACCCCCCACACCUCCACCUCCUGCUCCACAGGUUAUACAUGACCUCGUUCCGGAAGACAGUCUUGAUGUCCCACCUCCUCCUGGUGUUAUUGACAACCGACAGUGUGUGCUCUGUCUGAAUUAUGGAGAUGAGAAGACCAAUGAGUGUGGAAGAUUGCUGUACAUUGGUCAGAAUGAGUGGGUGCAUGUGAACUGUGCGCUGUGGUCAGCGGAGGUGUUUGAGGAUGAUGAUGGCUCUCUGAAGAAUGUGCACAUGGCCGUGAGCAAAGGCAGACAGCUGCGCUGUGAGAACUGUCAGAAGCCCGGAGCCACGGUGUGCUGCUGCCUCACCUCCUGCUCCAGUAACUAUCACUUCAUGUGUGCUCGCCAGCGCAACUGUGUCUUUUUAGAGGACAAGAAGGUGUACUGCCAGCACCACAGGGACCUUAUCAAGGGCGAGGUUUUGUCAGAAACUGGUUUUGAAGUAACCCGAAGGAUUUUGGUGGACUUUGAAGGGAUCAGUUUGAGAAGGAAGUUUCUCAAUGGACUUGAGCCAGAUAAAGUUCACAUGAUGAUAGGUUCCAUGACUAUUGAUUGUCUCGGGAUGCUGACUGAGCUCUCAGACUGUGAGAGGAAGCUCUUUCCUGUAGGAUACCAAUGUUCAAGGGUCUACUGGAGCACUCUGGAUGCUCGCAAACGCUGUGUCUACACAUGCAGAAUUCUGGCGUGCCGCCCUCUAGUGGCCGACGCUAUCAGCAGCACGAUACCACCAGAGGAUAAUCGUACCAUUGCACACAGUCCCCCACCUGUCUCAGAAAUGAGCCCAUCCCCUUUGGCAGAUUCCACUGUUUCCACUGAUCAAAACACCAUGAUGGCCAUUACACCAAAACGCAGGGUUUACUUUAGAAACAGACACCCCAGUUACCCUCCCUGCCAUCGUUCUCCUUCCAGACCUCUUCCCUCUCCAGGAGGAGUCCCCAGCUCAGCCCAUGAGAUCGUUACUGUCGGUGACCCUCUGCUCAGCACCAGUUUGCCAAGUGUUGGGUCUCGCCGCCAUAGCACCUCCUCCCUCUCCCCUCAACAUCCCAAACAGAAGGUCUCUUCCUCCUCCUCUCCACAAGGAAGUGGUGUCUUCAGCCAGACAGGCUCUCCUUCAUCUGCUUCAUCCCUAUCUUCAGCCUCCCAGGACCACGGAGUCCGAGAUCCUGUGAAGGGGAAACUGCAGGGCGGUGAAAGAUCUCAGGGUCGGGAGACGAGUUCCGUAAAUGUAGGAACUCAAGGUAGACCAAAUUAUGGUUUCACAGAGAGGCUGGAUGGUGGCAGAGAUGUUGCUAGAAAGCAGAGUGAAGGAGAACAUUUGAAACUAGCGCCCCCUGCAGCACUGACUGGAGUAAGCCAAGUGUCUCCUCCUCUUGGAACUGCAGUUUUGACUGGGCAUCAGAGGGGCAGUAGUUUGCGGACAGAAAAAGGUAAGCAGGCUGCGAAAGACAUUGAUCUACCAGCAGGAGCUACUCUUUUGUCCUGCCCUCCACUUUCCAGUAUUUUAAAAGAUAAAGCCAUUCCAAGGAAAGAGGGAAGCUUGACAGAUGUGCAGGAAUCUAAAGAUAUUGGAAAGACCAGCUCUUCCCAGCCGCUGUACCAAAAAGGUGGAGGUAGGAAGUCUCACGACUGUGUCUCAGGACCAUCCCCUGCUGCAGCUAUCAAGCCUCAGUGGUCAUCAGGAGGAGGAAAGACGGGAGAAGAGGAGAUAAAACGAGGAUCCCAGGCGAGCCCUUCUGCAACAGCUGGUCAUGGAACCUCUAGCACCAAAGAGAAGCACUCCAAAGUUAAAUCAUCAGUAAGCAGGGACAUUUCAAAGGAGAGGAAGGAGACGCCACAAAACAGUAAGACACAAAUUCUCAACAGCAACUCAAAAAGCAGCAAUAUCAAAACUCACAGGCAAGCUCCUUCUUCACAAAAUAAUACAAGUAGAGUCACAGCUCUCAGCGUUCACAAACCCUCAGGCAAUGCAGAAUUGAAUAAAUCAGAAAGUCAGGGAGGUGAAAGGCCGAUAAAGUCAGGCGAGAGGUUUAGUGCCGAGAAAAAGCACAGUUCUCCUCUGGAAGCAGCUCAGCCGAAAGCUCAGGCAAGUUCAGAGCGAAGUUUAAAAUCUCCGCAGGUUCACUCCAAAUUAAGCAAAGAAUCUGCACCAGCAGAGAAGAAGCGCACCGAGAGACUGUCUUUAAUAUCUCCAAAAAUGGAUCCUAACGGGACCAAAGCUCUCAGUACCUGCUCUGACACGAACACCUCCACUUCCAUCUCUCCCGUCAGCCACAGCCCACAACCCAAGAGGUCUUCCCGUGCAGUGCUGUUUUCUCCAUCUGCAAGCUCAGAAAGCUCAGAGUCUGACAGUCACACUCACCCCGAGGACUGCGAAGAGCACCUCAUGGGUCAUCACUCUGCUGAGGAUGAUGGGGAUGGGGAGGACCAUCAUUUAGAAGAUGAAGGCUCUGUAGAUAAGCACCACGAGGAGGACAGCGAUGGUUCGGCAGGCUCGGCAAAGAGGAGAUACCCAAGGCGAAGUGCCCGGGCUCGAUCGAACAUGUUCUUCGGACUCACUCCUUUCUACGGUGUACGUUCCUACGGCGAGGAAGAUCUUCCGUUCUAUAGCAGUGGUGACAUUCUACGGAAGCGCUCAGGCAGUAGUAAGCGUUCAGCUGAGGGACAAGUAGACGGGGCUGACGAUAUGAGCACGUCUUCGUCAGCGGACAGUGGAGAGGACGAGGAAGCAGGAUUUGGUUCAAAUAAGGAUUCGUACUAUUACAACUUCACACGAACGGUCAUAAAUCCCAGCUCUAGUCUUCCUACUAUUGAAGGUAUUGACCAGUGCUUGGGAAGAGGGUCGCAGAUCCACAGGUUCUUGAGGGAUGGAGCAAAGGAACAUGACGCAGAAAGCGACGAGAUAACGGCAGCAAGCAAGACUUUUGAGUGCCAACAGAUUGGCCAGCUUGAUGGAGUGGAUGACGGUUCGGAAAGUGACGCCAGUGUAAGCACUAGUAGCACAACCACAGCUACAACUUCUUCAACGCAUAAAAGCUCAACCAAGAAGAGAGGGCGAGCAGAGAGUAGGGCGGAGAAAUCGAACAUUGACUCAGGGAAAGAAAGUGAAAGUACUACUGGUGCAGGAGGUAGCCACAGUCGCAAAAAUCAAAAGGACAAUUGCCUGCCGUUAGGAAACGUGAAAUCGCAGGAUCGACAGGAUCCUCUCGAAACCCAGCUGUCUCUCAGCACUGACCUUUUGAAGUCAGACUCAGACAACAACAACAGCGACGACUGCGGGAACAUACUGCCUUCAGAUAUUAUGGAGUUUGUGCUCAAUACCCCUUCAAUGCAGACUUUGGGACAGCAGUCUGAAGCUCCGUCGAGUGAACCGUUUUCCCUAGACGAAGGGUACGGUGUUGAUGUGAAUCAAAGGAAGGAUAUCCUCUUUGAAGACUUCCCUCAGCCACUUGCCAGCACAGAAUCUGUAGAGGGUGGAGUAAACACUUCAAUCGCAGUAGAGGAACCCUACGGCCUGCCCUUGGAGUUGCCAUCGGACCUCUCUGUGCUCACCACUCGUAGUCCUUCUGUCAACAAUCAGAAUCAUAGCUCACUCAUCUCUGAGACGUCCGAGCGCAGUAUAUUGUCUCUUGCUGCUGAAGAAUCGGGAGUUGACAAAGUUGUGGAGAAGCAGGGAGCAAGUGGUUCUGCAAGCGGCGAAAGCCCACAUGAUAGUGGUGGAGAUUCCCAGGUGACGGAAGGUCACAUGACUCCAGAACAUUUCAUUCCUGCUCACAUCGAUGGAGACCACAUCUCAAGUCCUGGAAUGACCCAAGUUUCAGAAGCAGGGACUCAGGAUCUGGCCAGGACUUCUGGAACGCCAGUCCUUCCAAGUUCCCCUACCUUGGCUCUUCAAGGGCAGAAGUUUAUUCCUGCUGCCACCGCCACAACAGGUCCCUCUCCGAUCGCAAGCUCUGCUGUUCAGUCCCCCACAUCUCACUUGAAACCCGGUCCAGAGAAACUUCUCGUCCUCAAUCAGCACUUGCAGCCUCUUUAUGUAUUGCAGACUCUUCCUAAUGGCGUAACUCAGAAGAUACAGAUUGCACCAUCGGUCAGCGCAACAGGUGUCAUGAACACCACUGCUCCGGUACUGACUGGUCUCAACGCUGGGAUUUCAACCUCCCAGUCCAUCUUUUCUGGCGGAAAAGGCUUGGUUCCCGUUCAGCAUCAUCCGCAACUUCACGCUUUCAACACCACUCAGACAAGUUUCCAGCCUGUGAUUCCCAGCACCACUUCUGGCCUCUUGAUUGGGGUUUCAUCUCAUGAUCCUCAGAUUGUUGCAUCCGAAGCUGGGCAUAGACACGAUCUGGGCCCCAGUGUUGCGAUGGUGUCCAGUGCAUCAACCAUUUCCCCGACACCUGCUGUGAUCUCCACUGGGAAUGGCAAAAAGCGUCAAAUUUCUCGUCUCCAGCCUCGGAAAAGCAAGAAGCUAGCUCGCUCAAGGAGUCAACCCACUCUCGCUCCAUCUGAAGUCGGACCAAACAUGACCCUCAUUAACCUCUCUUCUCCGCAGAUUGCGACUGGAAUCCCAACUCAAUCAGGACUGGUUGAACUUGGCACCAUAACCACUGCAGCUGCCACGCCUCACCGCAAAAUGCCCAACAUUAUAAAACGAUCCAAAUCCGGAGUAAUGUACAUUGAGCAGGCUUUGCUUCCGCAACCGGUGCCAAUCUCAACUAGUGCACAACCUGGAAUCAUUGGGCAUGAUUCUUCAACUCACCUUCUACCAUGCACCGUGUCUGGACUUAACCCUAACCAGUCUGUGGUGAACGUGGUGUCCAUGCCUCCUACAGCGACUGGCAACCUACUGGGAGCCAAUUCAGUAUCUUUAAGUACUCCAGGGCUCAUUAGCUCUACUGAAAUCACCGGACCAAUAAGCAACCUUCUUUUCAAAGCCAGUUCUCACAACCUGGGCCUUUCAGAGCAGCAAAUGGUUCUUCAUUCGGGAACACCCGUGAUGUCCCAAAUCGCCAACCCUGCCCAGACUUCCAUAGCAAGUAGCAUCUGUGUUCUUCCACCGAACCAAACCAUCAGCAUGUCUGUGAGCCAGCAGGUGGAUAAAGAUGGCAACCUUCAGCUUCAGAGCUCAGUCGGCAGAGUUGUCAGAGAUAAGACCGUCGAUCCCAGCACAAACGUAUCUGGUCAAGUGGCUCUAGCGCCCAGCCCCGUCACGCAAGAUACAAACAAGAGUCGUGUGGUUGGCGUUCUAACCCAGAGCUCACGGACUACACCUAUCUCACGAUCCUCAAACCAGCAGCAAACUGUGAAGUCAUCCACAGUCUCAGCAUCUACAGGCACUGCGAAGGGGAAGCAAAAGUCAAAAAGGUCUUUACCCAGUAUAGAGAAGACUGGUGGAAAGAAGCACAAAGGUCUGCAGUCUGAAUCGGAAUCGAAGGCCGGCCCCGUCUCUGCGGAUCAGUCCUCUUUAGCACGGUCUGGAGAGCAUGUGAUGCCUGAGCCCAUGGACACAGGAAGACCCAAUGAAAAAAGUUCGAGGAAGAGUGACUCGGUCACCACAUCAGGGGACUCUCCUGCUCUUAGACAGAAGGCCUUAGAAUCUCAUGAUGACAAACCGAAGACUGCAGGCCUGUCUGACGAGAGCAGUGGGUCUGGAUCCAAUACUCUGCUGGUGACCAGUUCAGAUGAGAAGGAUGGCGGCCAAAACUCCUCUUCAGACUUUAAGCCCAAAAAAGGACUCCUGUUUGAAAUCUGCAGCGACGAUGGGUUUAAGAUCUGCUGUGAAAGCAUUGAAGAGGCCUGGAAAUCUCUGACGGAUAAAGUCCAAGAGGCACGCUCAAAUGCUAAACUCAAAGAGCUAUCUUUUGAUGGAGUGAAUGGGCUGCGGAUGCUGGGCGUGGUCCACGAUGCUGUAGUGUUUCUUCUGGAACAGCUCUAUGGUGCCAGAUACUGCAGAAACUACCGAUUCCGUUUCCACAAACCAGAGGAGGUGGAUGAGCCUCCAAUCAACCCCCACGGAUCUGCUCGUGCUGAGCUCCACCACAGGAGGUCAGUCUUGGACAUGUUCAACUUCUUGGCAUCCAAACAUCGACAAGCUCCUGAAUACAACCAUCAAGAGGAGGACGAAGAAGAGUUGCAGCUCAAAACUGCUAGACGGGCGACCAGUAUGGAUUUGCCUCUGGCUUCGAGGUUGAGAAACCUGAGGAAAUCAUCCAGAGAGUCUGUGGGCGUCUACAGGUCCGCUAUACAUGGGCGUGGUCUGUUCUGUAAAAGGAACAUUGAUGCUGGAGAGAUGGUGAUUGAGUAUUCUGGGAAUGUCAUUCGCUCUGUUCUCACUGACAAACGGGAGAAAUACUACGAUGGCAAGGGAAUCGGCUGCUACAUGUUUCGCAUCGACGACUACGAGGUGGUGGACGCCACCAUGCACGGCAACGCGGCGCGGUUCAUAAACCACUCCUGCGAGCCGAACUGCUACUCCCGCGUGGUCAAUAUUGACGGUCAGAAGCACAUCGUCAUCUUUGCCAUGCGGAAAAUCUACAGGGGCGAGGAACUGACGUACGAUUACAAGUUCCCCAUCGAGGAACCAGGCAAUAAGCUGCCUUGCAACUGUGGGGCCAAAAAGUGUCGCAAGUUCCUCAAUUAACUAAAAACUCCUUUCUGAUUUUCUUCUGUUUUUUUUUUUGUUUGUUUUUUUUUUGCCUGAACCCCUCUCCUCCUCCCAAAUGAAUCUAUAUUUGAUCAGAUGUUGACGGUAUGUUUUUUUGUUUUAUUUUUAUUUUGAAUAAUAUGGUUAUUUAUUGAAACAGGCUCAGGUUUUCAGAGGGAUAAUGGCACUGUGCCUCUCUUUAAGUUGAUUCAGGAAAGGUGUCGUCAAGAGCGAGAAAUGUCGCAAAAGUCACAAUGAAGAAAAAAAAAAGGUCUGCCUUCUUUCUAUUACCCAUCAUUUAAACUCUUAACUCCUUAAAAACCCUUAACCUUUUAUCCUCUUAUCCUCUUGUCCUCUGCUCUUUCAGAAAGAAGGCUAGUCAAAAAAAAAAAAAGAUAAGAUAAAAGAUAAGUGCCCCCGCUUGCUGUCAAAUUUUUCGGUCAAAUUUUUACCUUUUCUUUUAUCUUCUUAUUGAUUCAUACAAACAAAAAAGAAAAGACUGAAUAAUAAUUUGUAAUAUUGAAUCUUGCCUGCCCUUUGCAUUAUCGAAUGUGAGUGUGUGGGGGGGGAGGGGUGAUGAAAAGCGUUUGAUGGAAUUGCCACAUUGUUUCAUCAUUUGCAUUUGACACCAAAGUGCGAUUUUUCUAAGGGAACGAUACACUGUCUCUUCUGAUAGACAAAUUGCGAGUGAAUCCAUAAAUUCAUGAAUUCUAAUUUUCUAAGCCUGACCUGCACAGUCUCAUCUCCCCUUCUGAAUGUACAUCGAAGCCUUGUCCCUCUAGUUAUGUGAGGGACGGAUAUAUUUCUUUAUGUAUUUUAGACACUGUAAAUAUAUUUCUUGCGAGCCCUUAGACUGAUGCAGAGGGAACGAGGGAACACUAGAGGGAGCCGUGGUCUGUUUUAAUGAUUGAGAAAGAAAGCGAAAGAGAGAAAGAAAGAAAGAAGGAAAAAGAAAAAGCUUCAGGUUUUGAUGUGGUCAGUAAUAGAGAAAAAGGAAAAAGAAUAUAUUUUAAAAAAGAGUGGAUCUAAACUGUGCUGUUUUAGGUCAUUUUAAGUAAUAAUAAUAAUAAAAAAUAAUACAUAAUUAAAGCCCUGGGGCGUGAAAAUAAGUGAUCACUGAGGGCUGGCUAGGUUGAGAUCCUGGUGGACUGACAGGUAAGGGACUAGAGAUUAGAGAAUAGAGAGUUUUGGGGGGGGGGGGGGGGGGGGGGUUGUUGCUUAAUUUUUUAUAUCCAUUUUUAUAGCGGCGUAGACUGACGGUAGUGAAAUGUGUUGUAUUGAUUGAAAAAUCUUUAAAAAAAAAAUCUUAGUACCGUACGUGCAUGCUUCUUUAAUUCCUGUCAAAAGAAAGAGAGAUAGAUAGAGUACAGAUUUACAGAAUUCAUAAUUAAGGGCAUCCAGAUGCUUUUUUUUUAUAGAGUUAUGUAAAUUUCUUCUCUUAUUUUUUUUUUUCUUUCUAAUUUUUCGCUCAUUUUCCUGUCUCUUUUUUUUUUUUUUUUGUAGACAGGUAAAAUGUCAUUAUUUCUUUUGAUAUGUAAAUAAUAUGUAUAUUUUUCUAUACGGAGACAAAAAAAAAUUGAAACCUGAAAAGCACUCACUAGUGAAUAGCACUUAAUUGAUGAUGGUAUUUAUAUUUUUAAUAAUAAUAAAACAUUGUAUUUAUUUUACCAACAUUUCGUAGGAGAUGGUUUACGACACUAAUGCUUGGUCAUCUUUUUUAUAGAGUUGUUGCCUUUUUUUUUUUUUUUUUUUUUUAAUUUUUUCAAUUUUGUAGACCUCGUUUCUCCUUAUUUCCUCUUCCUUCCUUCCUCCCUUCCUUCCUCAUUUUCUUGCUUCUUUCCUUUUGCAUUAUUUUUUUUACUAUUCCAAAGACUGAAGCCGCCAUAGCUUUUUCCCAUAAGACUGCAGUCCACCAGUAGCUCUCAUUUUUGCCAUUCCAAGUUCCAAGUCAGUCAUUAUUAAAAUUAAAAUUGCGUGUGUGUGUGUACAGUCAGAUUAAGCCGUAAAACGCUGUAAAACGCCGUAAAAAUGUGUAAAAACGCGUAAAAAAUAGUCAUAAGUGCUCAUCUGUUGAAAUGGCAUGUCUCCCCCAUUGCCAGCCUUAAUAUCACACCGACAACAACUAAACAUAAACAUACAAAAGCCCCUUUUUGGAAUCUCUUACAAUCUCUUACAAUAAAGUGCAACUGUCUCAAGGGGAGAGGGGAAAAAAAUGCAAAAUAUAUAUACUUAAAUAAACAAGAUGCCUAAAAUACAAAAUUUUACAUUUAAGCAACUGGAAAAAGUCCCAAAGUUUACCCCAUCUAUUUUAUUAUUGUAUAAAUAUUUUCAUAGAUAUCAGUUUAAACCCAAGGAAUUUGCCACGGAGGCUCGCCCUCGAAAACUUUUCUUGUAGAAAUGAGAAAAAUAUAAAAAGCACUAUAUCUGGAGGAAUGAAGGAAAGGCCCUCAUUCUCCCCGUCUCGUGCACUGAACAUCAGUCUUCUUCCCAGCUCGACACAUGUUGCCUUGGCACUGCAUGGAGGUUCCAGCCAGCCAUUCGAAGCACACGACGACGUGCUGCUCAUUCGUACCGUUUCCGUUCUGCAGUUUUAGUCCUCCCUGUUGUUCCUGUUCGGGCAAAAAUUCAACGAUUCAACUUUUAAACGUAUUGUUUUAAUCCUGAUUCAGUAUGUAGAGCAACACUUCUUCUCGUAGGCCUACAUAUAUACGAUGUAUGGCUGUACUGAUAUAUAUGUAUACAGAUUUUUCCUCCUUGGAUGGCUGUCCUGUAUUUCUUUACAAAAACAGGUGUGGUGCCUUCUUUUUUUAAUUGUUAAUCCUUUUUUUAUUAUUUAUUUAUUUUUACGUUUUGGCCAUUCGAUUAUUUGUUUUUUCUAUUCGCGGAUAAAAAUAAAAUAAAAUAAAAAAAUUACGUAACGUGUAAUGUAUGUAAUCUGUAACGUCACCGGACGAUCCAGACGAUGAGACGCUUCACGCUUUGAGAGCGUAGCCAGAACUGUGGCCUUUUUAAAAAAUAAAAAAAGAUUAUAAAAGUAUAAAAGUCAAAGCUGCUGCUCUGGAACGAAACUGCGAGAGUUCAUUUUUUUAAAUGCAUGUUGAAAUGCAUCUUAAUAAGGUCUUAAUAAUAAUAAUGUUGGUUAAGGUUAAAGCACUCGACCUCGUUGCGUUUAAUUUGCAUCAGUCUCUUAAAGAAGAACUCUGGUAUAAAAGUGAUUUUUGGUGUUUGGUGUAGUAAAAAACAUGAUAAAGAGUACUACUAAUCUUUAUCUGUUGAAUAGCUCACCUCCGCUCUCCUGCAGCUUUCUGAGAUCCAGUAAUUUUGUGCUUUAUGCACAGAACUCUUUUUAUAACAGGAGCUUCAUGGCAUAUUUUGCACUGAUAAAUCACUUUUUAUACUGUUUUCAAAGCUCAAAGUAGCUCCGCAUUUUAUUGGUGGAAUGUGGAGAGCACUGACAUUUAACUGGGUUCCCGCGGGCCCUUAAAAAGUCUUAAAAAAAUGUCUUAUAUUAAAAAUCUUGAGAAUUAAGGUCUAAAUUAAGGUGUUAAAUUGUCUAAAAUUUGCUGUAGGUAUUAAAUGUUUAGACGGUGUGUUUAAUGCCAGUGGAAAAACAUGCUAACAUUAGCAGCGAGUUAAUGCUAAUGUUAGUAAGAACUGCUAAAGUUAGAGAGCUAACUAACAUUACUGGGGAGAGAACUAAGGUUAAUAGAGAGCUAGCUUACAUUAGCAGAGAGCUAGCUAACGUUAUUGGGGAAAGAAUUAAGGUUAGUGGAGAGUUGGCUAACAUUAGCUGCGAGCUUAGCUAACAUACUAAUGUUAGCGGUAAGUUAGCUAAGUUACUGGGGAGAGAACAAAGGUUAGCAUAGAGCUAGCUAACAUUAGCGGAGUGAUAGCUAACAUACUAACGUUAGCAGCGAGCAGCUAUGUUACCAUGAAAAAAACUAGGGAUAGCAGAGUGCAGGCUACCAUUAGCGGUGAGCUAGCUAACGUGCUAACAUGUUCUGCAUCACAAUUUAAUAACAAAUGGAAAAGGUUAAGUUUUAAUUUUCGAUACAAUAAUUUUUUUUCUCUAAGAAGUUAGGGCAGAAAGUUAUAAUUAUAUUCAAUUAUAAAUUACAUUUAUUAAGAACCCUGUUGAAACAAAGCGGAAAAUAACUUUAAAAGUGCACAAGAAGCUUAUUAUAAAAAAAGCUUCUUGUGCACCUUUUAAGUUUUAAAUGCUUAGUUUUAAAUGUCAGAGCUCUCCAGAUUCUACCAAUGAAGUUUGGAGCUACUUUAAAUCUUAGUAACAGUGUAAAAUCGAUUUAUCAUAGGCAAAUUAUGCCCUGAAGCUCCUGUUGCAAAGAAUUCUGCAAAAAACUCACAAAAUUACUAGAUCUCAGAAAGCUGCAGUAGAGCGGAGGAGAGCUAUUCAAGGUUAGUAAUACACUUUUCAUUUUAAUUUAUAUUUUUAUUACACUAAAAGUUAAUUUUACACCGCAGUUCUUUUUUUAAUGGAGCAGAUUUGUCAGUUGUUCGGUUUAGGAUGGAGCUGCUGCUGCUGCUGUAGUAGUUGUUGUUCUUUUUCUACAAAGGGAUAUCGUGAGCAUAUAUCAGUGUUGCAGGAAAAGGCUUGGGAUGUGUAUAUAUUUUUAAAUAUAUAUAUACCUCCAGACAAAGCUCACUCAAUUUGCUGCUUUUUGUGCACCUCUGGCUCUUGUUUUUAUUUUUAUUUUUAUCAUAUUUUUCAGAACGAGCCACUAAAAAAAGGCCAGUUUCUGUGUGUAGCAUUUGUCUUAUUGCCUCAUUAAUGAUUAGUAUGAUGAUGAUUAUAAUGAUGAUGAUGUUGACUCUAAUAUCUUUUUUAAAAUAUAUAUUUUUAUGGUGGUUGCAGACUCUUUUCCCCUUAAAAACCUCCUCUAACAGUCUCAGCUCGCCAUCGUGACAAAGGCACUGACGAUGCAGAGAGAAUAUAAUACUUUCGCUCUCUGUUUUCGCUUUACGUCGUUACCAACUGGCUAGUUUUUGUUUCGUUUUUGUUGUUUUUAAACGUAAGCUUUUUUUACGGAUAUCUCCUUCUUCUUUUAUUUUAUUUUUUACAUUUUUUUGUACGUAAAAAUGGCUUUUGACGGAUUUGCCGCAGCUUCUUGCCGGGGGCUGGUUCGCCGUGCUCCUCGCAGUGUGGGUCUCGCCAUCGAUUCAGGGAUAGAGUUCCUCUCGGUCCGUCUCUCUGGGUUGCGGCACAGGGGGCGGGCUGAACUCUGCAGCUAGGCCUUCGUUGAAUGUAUUUUUUGACUUGUUUUUAAAACAUAUAUUGUCUUUAUUCGGAUCGUUCCGACACGAAAAGGCUGGAACGUUUUACAGGACAGCUUUACUUUACUUUACUUUACUUUACUUUAACUUCAGUGGGCGAGGAUUGUACAGCGGUGGCUUUGUACGAUCUUUGUGCGUCUAUCAGUCUGACAAAAUACGAUUAAAUAUAUAUAUUUUUUGUUAGUAAUUCAAUUACUAAACCUUAAGGGCUGCGGUCAAGACUUUCCUCCACUCGUUCACGUCAACGCAACUUCAGACGCUCCUCAAACUGGUGAUUUCAGUCAGCGUGAAUUCAGUCAGCGUGAAUUCAGUCAGCGUGAUUUCAGUCAGCGUGAUUUCAGUCAGCGUGAAUUCAGUCAGCGUGAUUUCAGUCAGCGUGAAUUCAGUCAGCGUGAAUUCAGUCAGCGUGAAUUCAGUCAGCGUGAUUUCAGUCAGCAUGAAUUCAGUCGGGCGGUUUUUUACCGUCGUUUCCCGGACUUUACUCUUCCACACGCCACACCAGUGGUACCACACCUUCUCCUGUUUAUAGUCAGUAUAUAUAUACAUAAAUAUAAAUAAAUAUAUAUGUACACUUCUUACAUACAUGAUGGAUGGAUAUAUAAAUAUAUAAAUACAUACCUAAACAUAUGUAUGAAUAGUAACUCGUACUUCAGUAUCUUCAAUAUCUACACAAUAUUACGGAAUGGACAGACAAAAACUUAGUUACAGUAGCAAAACAACAGUUUAUAAUGGUUAUAACUAAUAGUUCAGCUGUUCUCAGUGUAAUCUAUAAUGGUUUUGUGUUACAGAUACAGUUUAGAGUAACGUGCAACAUUUUUAAAAUAUUGACAUAUUAUGUACCAGUUUUCCUGUGCCUGUGUAUGCUCUUUACUGUGGGGAGCAUUGCAGUUAUGAUUUGAUUGUUUUUUGAGACUUUUAUUUUGUAUUUGUUCUUUUUUUUUGGGUGUGAGGGAUUUUCAUUUUAAUGUUUUUGUCGUUUUUGUUUAAUUGUUUUGUUUUAUUGUUUUUUUUUUGUUAUAAAGGGUGGGUUGGGAACGUGGGAGGGGACGGAUGAUAUUUAUAUGAUGAAACGAGUAAUUGUAAAAAAAAAAAAAAUGUGGUUGUAAACUUUGAGGUUAGCCAUUCGUUUGUUUCAAUGCUGUAGUUUUUUUGUUUGUUUGUUUUUUAUUAUUAUUAUUUUACUCUUUGUACAUUUUUAACAGAGUUUGUGGACGUCAGGAGAACGGAAAUUGAGCGUUAUUUUAUCCCAGUCGUGUCCCGGUCUCCCCUAAAAUACCUCCUCUUUCUCCUAUUUCUGAACUUAAGUUGAAUUUGAAUGUGAUGUUCUUCUGUAAUAAUAACAAUAACGAUAAACCUUUUAAUUUAUUUAUUUUGUGAAACAACAUCAUCUAUCUGUGUACGCAGGUAAAGAAAGGGUCAGGAAAGGUGGAGGUGUGCAGCUCUGUCUAUAUAUUUGUAUGGUUUGAGCUUCUGUACCAGACUGCUGCGCUCUGAUUGGCCAGAAAUUGAGCUAAAAAGAGAGAAUAAAAGAAAGGCUCUUAUUCUGAAGCCUAGUGUUUAUCUUCUAUCUGACGCUUCCUGUUUCUCUUUUAGCUCUUGCUGACCCCUGUUCGCUGAUGCUGACUAUAUAUAUAAAUAUAUUUUUUACUUCGCUGUUCAAUUGCCCAAUCAGUGUUCUUCUCCCGUAUCACAGAAAUGAAGGAAAGACCAUUCAGUGACAAACAGUAAAACCACAAACUACUUAAGGAUGAAUGUAUAAUGAGGAAAAAAAAAUGUAUAUACCUGUAAAAAGGAAAAUUUCUAAUCAUGUUUAUUUUCUAUGCACUUUUUUAUUUAAGUGAUAGUUUAAAUAAUAAACAUGUCUCGUUUACUCA